AUGAGUCAAGAAUUUGACAUCACUCAGGCUUACCUGAACUUUUUAGAUCAGGACAGCGAGAUGACAAUGCCUAUCGCUGCCAUUGAAUCAUUGGUAACAAUGCUGCGAGUAAAACAACCAGAAACUUCUGCUGAGAUGAUUAACACGAUUAAAAGCGCUACCGAAACUUUGACAACGUCGAUCCCCAAUUCUAUGUCUUUGAGAGCCGGUUGUGAUAUAUUCACACGAUUUGUAUUCAGAAAUACGCACCUUUAUGGUGAAUGGGAAAGCUGCAAAAAACACUUGAUAGAAAACGGAGAGCUUUUUGUUUCGAGGGCCAAGCGUUCCAGAGAUAGCAUUGCGCAGGUCGGGCUAGAUUUCAUCUCAGACGACGAUAUUAUUUUGGUUCAUGGGUUUUCAAGAGCUGUCUACUCGAUGCUGAGCCAUGCAGCAGACAAGUUCGUGAGAUUCCGCUGUGUGGUAACAGAGUCAAGACCCACGCAGCAGGGCGCUCAACUGUAUAAGCAUCUGCAAGAAAAGGGCAUUCCUGCGAAAAUUAUCGUCGACAGUGCAGUGGGAAGCAUUAUACACAAGGUUGACAAGGUGCUGGUGGGAGCAGAGGGUGUAGCCGAGUCUGGUGGUGUUAUCAACCUCGUGGGCACCUAUUCCAUUGGUGUUUUGGCCAAGAACGCCAACAAGCCAUUGUACGUGGUCACCGAGUCACACAAGUUCGUAAGAAUGUUCCCGCUCUCGCCAGACGAUCUUCCUGCCACCGCAGGACCUUUGGACUUCUCUCGGGACGAAGACGUCGAGCAGUCCAUGGCCGAACCGGGGAUCGAUUACACAUCGCACGAGUACAUCACCGCACUGAUAACAGACCUUGGAGUUCUCACCCCAAGUGCCGUCUCGGAGGAACUGAUCAAAAUGUGGUACGACUGA